AUGAGAUUCCAGGGCAUAUGGAUUUACCGCCGUCUCAUUCUCAUCCUCCUCACCCCUUUACUGCUGCUACCCAUCCCGCUCAUUUACAACACCAAGGUUGCAGAAUGUGCCUUUACUCUUUUGGUGAUGGCUGUCUACUGGCUUACUGAGGCUUUGCCCGUGUCUAUUACAGCCCUCAUCCCUGCCAUGCUUUUUCCAUUGUUUGGCAUAAUGAAAUCUUCACAGGUGGCAGCAGUGUUCUUUAAGGACUUCCACCUCCUCCUCACUGGAGUGAUUUGCCUCGCCACAGCCAUUGAGAAGUGGGGCCUUCACAGAAGGAUUGCCCUGGGCCUCAUCAGCAUAGUCGGAGUUAACCCUGGACGCCUGAUGUUGGGCUCUAUGGUUGGAUGUGCCUUCCUGUCGAUGUGGCUAAGCAACACCUCAGCAGUCGCUAUGGUGAUGCCCAUUGUGGAAGCUGUGUUGAGGCAGAUUGUCACAGCUGAGGGUGAGGCCAGAGACCAGAGGAAGCAAGCUCUAACAGGCACCUCCAACUUGGCCUUACAGCUUGACGAAAUGGACAGACAAGACUCUUUUGCCCAUUGUAGCAUUGAUCCUUCUGUGGAGAGAGUUGACAUUACUAUUGAGAAAUCCAUUCCAGACAAUGAAGGUUUAGCCUGUGACUCUGAGGCCCAGUGUGCACCAUCAGUGGGAUACUACCGCACCCAACAGGACCAUCUGAUGUGUAAAGGCCUCUCUCUGUGCAUUGCCUAUUCAGCCUCCAUUGGUGGGAUGACCACACUACCAGGGACAUCCGCCAACCUGAUCUUUGCAGAGUACAUGCACCAAUUCUAUCCUGGCUGCAACUCUAUCAACUUUGGGAACUGGUUCAUCUUUUGCCUGCCGAUCAGCUUUAUUGCUCUUUUGUUGUCCUGGAUGUGGCUGCACUGGCUGUUCCUGGGCUCAGAUUUCCAUUCAGUUCUGCGUUCCAAGGAGGGCAACAAAGAAAGAGAAGCCGCAGUGGCCAAGGUCCUGCAGGAGGAAUACAAAGCCCUCGGGCCCAUCAGUCGUCAAGAGAUCAUCUCCUUAGUGAUCUUCUCCGUCAUGGUGCUGCUGUGGUUCACCAGAGAGCCCGGCUUCAUGCCAGGAUGGUCCUCCCUGUUCCCAGACCAUGCUGGAUAUGCCAGCGACGCCACUGUGGCCCUGCUGCUGGGCUUGCUCUUCUUCAUCAUCCCAGCUCAAGUAGGCACUGAUGACUAUGAGACCUUGAUCACAUGGAAAGAGUUUCAGUCCUGUAUGCCUUGGGAAAUCUGUCUUCUUGUGGGGGGUGGUUUUGCACUGGCUGAGGGCACACAGGCAUCGGGUUUGUCACACUGGGUGGCAAAACUGCUGGUUCCUCUGGGAGAUCUUCCUAAAAUUGCGACCAUCACGAUUGUCUGUGUCAUAGUGACCUGUAUCACUGAAGUGGCCAGCAACUCUGCCACCAUCACCAUAUUCCUGCCCAUUCUUGCACCUCUGGCUGAGAGCAUCAGUGUGAACCCCCUGUACAUGCUCAUCCCCGCCACCCUGAGCGUGUCCUUCUCCUUCCUGCUUCCAUCUGCUAACCCUCCAAAUGCCAUCGUCUUCAGUUAUGGCCAUCUGACCACCUGGGAUAUGAUGAAAGCCGGCGUUGGUGUGAAUGUUAUCAGUGUUUUGGGAGUGCUGCUUGCGACCAGCACAUGGGGCAUAGCACUAUUUAACCUGGACGUUUACCCUGAAUGGGCUCCCAACCGCCCGCUCAUUAACUCCACGCUCAUUCCACACUGACUACGUAGUGAUACCAACGUAGUGUUCCAAAAACAAUGAAAAGGUUUUAAAUAAUAUGUUGUGUACUGAGGAUACACUUACAGUAAGGUGAAUGGUGUCCCGGUCACUGCCAUUGCAUGAGUGGAAAGCCUGGUAUUGCACUACGUAACUUUGGUGUGCCAUGUAGGAACAUGACUCAUUAUAUCACUUUUCAACGCACUUUACAAGGCACCCAUUUAGCGUCGUUUUCAAACACGCAGGCCAGUCAGAUAGACGCUCAUGCAUAGUUGAGAAAUGACGCUAAAGGUGUACUCAGUACAUGUUUUACAUUGUGUUGAUUUACAGAUGCACAUGUCAAGUGCAGAUUGCUAUGCUAGUAAAACAUUAACACUGGCAUGAUGCUGUUACUUUUUAAACACACAACACAGUCUAUUGAAGUGGUGAAAAUGUGUAAUACAUUUUGCUACGUAUAUAUGACAAACUAAGAUUUACCCAGACCUGGAUACACUAGGCUAGAUUGUAUGUUAAAUUAAUGUGUGUGACAUGGAUGGAUUAUUGAGGUAUUGGGUGUGUUUUCGUAAUUACUGAUAUGGAUGUCUAUAUCUAUGAAAUUGUGACAUUUGUUUGAGCACUGAUUAUACUCCUUGCAAAAAUGUAUUCACUAGUUACAAAAAUAAACACUUCCUUUUUAUACA